CCCCGCGCCGCCAGGAUGAGCACGGCCGCCAGCCCCGAGCCCCUGCCCGAGCCCCCCGGGCCGCGCUGCGCCCCCCCGGAGGAGCCCGAGCUGCUGCGGGCGCGGAGCGGGGCCGGGGACCUGCGCCAGGACUUCAACCUCAUGGAGCAGAAGAAGCGGGUGACAAUGAUCCUGCAGAGCCCGUCCUUCCGGGAGGAGCUGGAGAGCCUGAUCCAGGAGCAGAUGAAGAAGGGGAACAACUCGUCGCACGUGUGGGCGCUGCGGCAGAUCGCCGACUUCAUGGCCACCACGUCCCCCGCCGCCCUGCCCACCUCCCCCAUGGGGCUGGCGUCGGUCACCCCCAUCAAUGACCUGCACGGGACCGAGGGGCCGGCACUGGCCAAGGGCGAGCGGCUGAUGCGCUGCAAGGUGGGCAGCAUCCACCGGCUGCUGGACCUGUACGGCUGGGCACAGCUGGGACACGCCGCCGUGACCCUGCGGGUCAGCAAGGAACAGGAGCACUUCUUGGUGGCCCCGCAGGGGCUGGCGUGCAGCGAGGUGACAGCAGCCAGCCUGGUGAAGGUGAACGUGCUGGGGGCCGUGGUGGAGCAGGGCAGCACCGGCUUCGCCCCCGACGCGCGCAGCUUCAGCCUGCACGCCGCCAUCUACGCGGCGCGCCCCGACAUCCGCUGCAUCGUGCGGCUGCACACCCCGGCCGCGGCUGCCGUGUCGGCCAUGCGCUGCGGGCUCCUGCCCAUCUCCCGCGCCGCUCUCCUCCUGGGCGACGUCGCCUACUUCGACUUCCGCGGGGAGGUGGAGGACGAGGCCGACCGCGUGGAGCUCCAGAAGUGCCUCGGGCCCACCUGCAAGAUCCUGGUGCUGCGGAACCACGGCGUGCUGGCGCUGGGCGACACGGCCGAGGAGGCUUUUUACAGCAUCUUCCACCUGCAGGCGGCCUGCGAGGUGCAGGUUAUUAAACAGCGCUGGCUGUUUUCGUAUCCCUCUAAUUCUUCUUUACGGGAAUUUAUGAAUCUUUGCUUUUCCAAUAUCUCUCCCUGUGUGCGACAAAGCCCCAGCCAAGGCCUCGGUUUACCCCGCGUGCCUGACUCCCCUCUCCAUGUGUUGCAGGGCUACCGCACGGGCUACACGUACCGCUACCCCUUCGUGCAGGAGAAGAGCAAGCCCAAGAGCGACGUGCUGAUCCCCGCCACCGUGACGGCCUUCGUGUUCGAGGAGGAGCCCGCCGGGACCCCCGCCCUGCGCCAGCACGCCCAGAAGCAGCAGAAGGAGAAGACGAGGUGGCUCAACACCCCCAACACCUACACCAGGGUCAGCCUGGCCGAGGAGGCGCAGGGCAGCGCCGGCGCCCAGAGGACAAAGACCACGUGGCUGCGGGCAGACGAGGUGGAGAAGGGCAGCAGCGGGACCCCCAUCCGCAUCGAGAACCCCAACCAGUUCGUGCCGCUCUACACGGACCCGCAGGAGGUGCUGGAGAUGCGCAACAAGAUCCGCGAGCAAAACCGCCAGGACGUGAAGUCAGCCGGGCCCCAGUCGCAGCUGCUGGCCAGCGUCAUCGCCGAGAGCAGCCGCAGCCCCUCCACCGAGAGCCACCUGGGGGAUGCAGAGGCCAAGGAGGGUGGGGAAGAGGCUCCCCCGGAGCCGGAGCCCCCCAACCCCUUCAGCCAGCUCACGGACCAGGAGCUGGAGGAGUACAAGCAGGAGGUGGAGAGGAAGAAGCGCCUGCAGGGCGAGAAGGACGCGGCAGCAGAGGAGAGCGGGGCUCCCCCCCCAGAGCCACCCCCUCCGGAGCCCCCGGCACAGCCCACGGAGGGUGAUAAGAAGGGCGAUGGUGGCCAAGCCCCCCCUGAUUCCACUGCCAAGAAGGAGCCACCAGCGGUGGUGAACGGGAAGGAGGAAGAGCAAAGCACUGAGGAAAACCUUGGGAAAGGGGGCACAGACCGGACAACCACCAACGCUGACCAGGAUGCCCCCAAGGAGAAGGAGACAGUGACCAGCAACCCCGUGUCCCCCGACGGUUCACCUUCCAAAUCGCCCUCCAAAAAGAAGAAGAAAUUCCGGACCCCAUCUUUCCUGAAAAAAGGCAAAAAGAAGGAGAAGAUCGAAUCCUGAGUGUCCCGAGGCCGGGCGCGUGGGAUCCCUGGAUCUCAGGAGCCCGAGGCGCGGCCCCAGCCCCCGGCACCCGGCCGGGCCCCACGAGCCACCUCGUCCCCCUCGUCCCCGUCUCUGGGGCGGCCACCGAGCUCGGGGCGACUGGUCCCCGUCUGGGGAACUCCCGCUGCACCUCCCUCCCCCUCUCCCUCCUGGGCUCCAGCCCCUUCCCACCGCAGGCCAAGGGUUGAAUUUCCUCCACCAGAGCCCAGAUCUGCUCGAUUUGAGGAAGAAAAGGGUGUUUCGUGGUUGUUUUCUUCACCUUCUGUUUCAAGCUCUGCUGGAAUGGCGCUGGCUUCAUCUCCAGGGAAAACUGUCCAUGGCUUUGCCAGGAGAACGGGGCCGAGCUGAAGGCAGGGAUCACUGAAGGAGGAGCUGAGGUUUUUCCUCCCUGGAUUGCAAUCUUCCCCUCCUUGGGCUCAAGAACCGCUUCAUCCCCUUCUCCUGGUACCCCCAGCCCAUGUUUUCCCCACCCAAGGAAGAGCAGCAGGAUUUCCCACCGCUGGAAAAGCCCCCACCUCACUGCACGACCCACACCUGGGAAAACAGGGAAAAAAAAACCUCCGGGAAUUGUCUGUGUUAUUUAAAACUGAGCAAAACUCACUCACCAAGUGCUACUUCGGGAUGAACACACGCUGCCAGUUCCCGCCGGCCACGCUGGCCCCUGCUUUUCCCAGCUCUGGAUUCCCAGCACAGCUUCCAUCCCUCCGGCGUUCCCCUCCCUCCCAGCACUGCAACCUCCUGGCCACCCCUCCCCGGGAAGAGCCCCAGCCACGGCCGUGCUCCCCACAUCCCUUCCAGCGCUGGGAUUUGGGGAUAAAUCACCGGGAUCAGCCCCACGUGCUCCCCCCGUUUCCUGGGGUGCUCGCCCUGAGCCUUCCUGCCCCCGUGGGGCCCUGCCCAGGAGGGGUCUGGAAUGCCCCAGAACGCUUUUUUGGGGUUCCCCCGCCCCAGCAGGGUUUCCCCACGUGCCACCGCUGUGGUUUCAAAUCUUUUCGCAGCUCCUGGGGGUUGGAACCCCUCUGGAAGAGCAGGAAUCCCAUGGAUUGGGGGAUGCAGGAAACAGCAGAGAGCCCAGGCAGGGGUCUUGCCAGAGCCUGGAUUUUGGGAAGAGCCUUUGCCCUGCCCAGUGUCCCCCCAGAGGUCCCCACCCCACUCCUGCAGGAUGGGGGGCACCGAGGGGACUCUGAGCCCCUAAACCCUGUCACGGGGGGGCUGUUCCUCACUGCCACUGACUUUAAGGCUCUUUGAGGCCAUUUUUGCCCCUGGGCCUGUUCCCCCUGGGUGACCCUGGGCAGCAGUGUCACCUCCCUGGGGUGGCACUGUCACACCUGGGGGAAUUCCUGAAUGACAGCACUGCCACACCCCCAGCCCCACCCGGGGGCUCCCCCAGGGGUUUUGUCCCCAAGGGUCUGUCCCCAGGGCCUUUGUCACCCCUUUUGUCCCCAAGGGUCUGUCCCUUUGUCACCCCUUUUCCCAAAGGCCUCUGGCUUUGUAGGGGACCCCGGGACUGAGCUUCCCCCCUAGGAAAGGGAUGAAGGCUCCAGUGCCAGCAUCAUCACCACGCUGGAGGGCACCAGAGCCAAGAUCCCAUCCCUGGACCAGCCCUGGCCUCAUUCCCCCUCCCCUCGCUCCAGCAAGGCCCGGGCUGGGGGCAAACCCUGAUCUGAUUUUCCUCCUCCAUGGAAAACAGAGGCUGAUCCCACCCUGGCAGCGGGGAAGGGCGAGUCCAGCCGGGCUCGGCACCUCUCCUCCAGCCCCGGUGUUGAGCCUGGAACGGCACCGGGAGGAGGCCGGGGUGUGGCACGGUCCCCGCGAGUGACAAUCGCGGCCGGGAGCGCGUGGAACGCCGCUGUAAAUAAUAAACCCCGUGUUUGGCACCCGGCA